AGCUAGUUCCAAACCUGUGAUGUGCAGUGACUACACUACUACUUUUCCUUUUCAAUAAUGAACAUAGUUUUAGUAUAAUACAAGUGCGCAAGAUUGGAGGGGUUUUUUUUUAGUUCAUAAAGGAAUAGGAUUAGGCGCUUGGGUGAAAAUGGUAUGGUUUGUUCAUUUGAUGGGGCAAUUCAUGUCGGGGUUUCCUUCUGGUGUAAAGUUUGCCCUUGAGGGAUGCUCAAGAAGACUCCAGGUGUAGGGUAGGUGUUGGAGUUCUGUCUAGCAGAUAGUAUACUUAGGUGGUGUUUUAGACGUUUGAAGUGAAAAUAACAAUUUUUAGUAGAAAUAAUAAGUUUUACAACAUUUUGUAUUUACAUUUUACAUUCAAAUGAUUAAAAUUGGUGAUUCUUAUUCCAAAUGGAGGGAGUGAUAAGAAGGAAUAAAGACAUUUAUUGAGGGUAGUUUGAGAUGGUGUCAUUUUGGAAAGACAAUUACAAUAUUUUAUCUCCUUUUCUUUGUCCAUCAGUUGAGUUUAAGCACGCCUCCAAUUGUCUAAUUGUGUCUCAAGCCGUUUAUUCACAACUAGGCACCGUUUAGAUGUUAUGAAUGCCUUAGUUGCUAACUAUGAUUUAGGUGAGAUGUUUUGUUGUCACAUAGUGCCUAGACGCGUCUUUGCACAUGCUAAAUUAUGUCUUUUUGAACCCUGACAUGGUGCCCUCUAAAGAUUUAAUUUAGUAUCUUGUUAUAUGGCUAGAGAGUAGGCGUCACAUUGGACUUAUUGAUGUCACGUCCUUAUGAUGAGUCAUUCAAUAAUAACAUCGUUGGUACGAUAAAAUGUGUAUGCAAUUAUUGAUAGAGUAAUACAAUGAAAGUGAAAUUAUCAUCCCUCGAGGAUUUAUAUAACUCUAGAUUUAAUAGAUUAAAAUCUUGGAUCAUAAAAGAAACAUAAGUUAUUUUGUAGAAAAUACAUGUAAAUAAUCAAAUUGUGAAUAUAAAUUGAGAAAAAACUAUGGGAAGAAGCUUUGGGGAUAGACGAUCACAAUUUAUUAUCUAAUUAUCUCAUUCAAGCCGUUUAUUAAUCAGAUAAUUCCAAAACAAAUGACCAAAUUUAUCAUGAAAGUAUUAUCAUUUUCUUUAAGAAUCAUUACGCACUAACUAGUCAAUUAAUUGUUUACUCUUGUACAAUCAAUUAAUUAAUGACAUAGGUUGAAGUCAGAUAAUCCCCCUAAUAAUCAAAUGACUCCCGCUUUCCACUCUCGUGCUCAAUUGAAUGUUAUGAUGUAUGCAGGAGUGUUCUAUUAUAAAUAUCUUCUCUGUGUCUUAACAAGAACAACAUUUCAAUAGGCAUGGGUUCCUGUGCUUAAGCCCAAAAGUUUAAGCAUAUGCUUAAACUAAUCCUAUUGGUUGUUAGUAGAUUGGGUGGUUAAUUAGUAGUUAUUAGUUGAUAAUUGGUUAAGGGUAUUGAGGUAAAUUGUGUAUUUUAUUUAUUUAAAAUUUAACAUAUUUUCAUAAUUAAAUAAAAACUUAACGUAAACCCUAAAACCAACCAUAGAGCUGCUGGUUAGGUUUUUAUUUUUUAAAUUCGUCUUCUUCCCAGCCGCGUUCGACGAGACCACUUCCGGCCACGGCCAGCGCAGCCAGCCACCGUCGUCUCCUUCCUUAUUGCCACCGGCGUUCCUCUUUCCUCCAACACAAAUGAUAGGUAAUCCUUGUCGGGAAAAAGCUGCAAACCCUUUGGUUGUCGUCUUACUUACGAUUGCACGUUUCUUGUUUAUUAUAAUCACCGGGAAAAAGAUGUCGGAGUUGACUUGUGGUUUCGGGUACCCGCCGCACGGAAAGAUGGCAUGGCGGCCUUUUUACUUUGACCUUGGUCGUUUGUCAUCGUUGAACCUUGUCUUCGCCGGUCUUCAUUGUUCUUUUUUCUUCUUACGCAGCUAGGACCCGUCAUCGCCGGCGUGAAGGUAUGUUACUGUUUUGUUUUUGUUUUUGGUUUCAAUGGGUUUUUUUUUACGAUGCCAGCAACGGUCAUCACCGGCCCACGGGUAGGUAUGUUCUUGUGCUAUUAAUAAAUCUCCAUUUAAUUGUUAACGAUUUUGAUAUGUACUUGUCUUACAAUAGUUUCAACGUCAUCAAACUAGUAAUAGUUUUCUGUCCAUCCGCGUGAUUACGAUAUUUGAGUUAUUAAUAAAUCCCCAUUUAAUUGUUAACGAUUUUGAUUGGAACUAUCAAUUUUGUUAUGGUCGAAUGGUAAGCGGCUUAUGCAUGUAUGUGAUUAAGUCAUGUUUUUAUUUCCGACCACUAUAUAAUCAUUAUCAAUAUAUUUAUAUGCCUUUUUUGUAAUUAUUGACAGUUUUAUUAUCAAUCUCGUUCAUUAUUAACAAUUUUAAAUCAUGUUUGACUAAAUCAGACAUUAGUAACAAUUUUAUCUAUGUUUAUUAGCUAAUUUGAAGGGUGUGUUAAAGUUCUAGAAUAUAUAAACUUGAAGCCAAUCACUAUUAAUUAUCAACUGGAUACAACCUCGUUAUCAAUAUUUUUGUGUUUAUUGACAAUUAAUGGGGAAUCAAGUAUUAGUAACAAGUAUUCUUACAUCAUCAACGAAACACAUAUAAGAUAUUAAGGAUUUACAAUAGCAUUAUUAACGGUUUGCUAUCGCUAAAGAAAUUAAGCAAAUCCUUUUUAAUGUUUAUUUAUUUUUGUUUGAAUGGAAACCAACAGUUCUUUAAAGAAAUUGAUGGUACUUGACACUUAAUAUUGCAUCGAUUCAUCAUUCAUGCUAGUGGUUUGACUAUUAUCAAUUUUCAAUUUCGUAAGCAAUAAUUUUUUGUUACGUUAUUAACGUUUUGUUGCAUCUCUAUCAACUUACAAGCAUAGUUUAUUACAUGGUUAUUGUUACAUAAAAUCUAGUUGAUCGAUUAUGUAAUUUUCACAAAUUUGUUGUGCAUCUUUCUUUGUGUAGUUUGACGGCAUGACAUGAACACGUCACGUAAGACUGUUCUACCUGGAAACAAGCCCAAGAUCGAGCAGCCAUAAGUUGAGGGCAAUAAUUGCAAUAGGUCAAAUCACAUAUCCAUUAUGUAGCAAAUGUCAAAGUCGCAGAUGGUGAAGAAUAUCAGUCCCCGUCAAUAUGCAAGAUCAAUAUUUUUUAUAUUAAUGUAAUUGCUAAUUAUAGAGAAAAAAAAUGUUAAUGUUUUCCAAUUUGCAUGUGAGGUUUAUAAACUCGUUGAUAUAGUGUAUUAUAUGUUUUUAUUAUUGUUAUCAAUCAAAGGUAAUGUUACCAACUUUUCUGCUUGAAUUAUCAAUGUUAUACAAAAGCAUUAUCAUCUUCUCAUAAAUAAUUUUGUUGUUGUUUGUUUAUGAUUUUAUACUCAUUGUUAACGAUAUAAUGUAAUGUUAUCAACCUUGAUGUAAUGUAAUUGUUAUUAGCAUUAACAAUAAUGAAAAUUUUAAAUAUUA